CAUCAUCGUAGCCAAAUCCAUUAUCGUCCCCAAAGUAGUAGUCGCCUUACUGCCCUUACAGUCCUAAAUUCCAUCAAUUGAAUCCUUUCAAGUUCUCUACCCGCCUUUGAAGUACCCUUAUCUCAAAAUACCCAUUUAUCUCUCCCAAAAAUGGCCACUAUCGAUUUCUCCAUGUUUGAUACGACCAACGUCAAGAUGUCAAAGUCGGCAGACGCUUUAGAGUCUGCUCUUGCUCAGCUCAGCAAGAAUACUUCCUUCGGUAACGAUUGCAGCUCUGGCGACCUUUUUGUCCCUUCACCCAACACUGGCAACGGAUUCGACGAAUGGCUCGCUGCAGAUUUGGCGUUCAGUGCCCUUUCCAGCGACGAAUCAUCCUCGGGCUCGUCUAGCCCUUUUUCGGCGUUGGAGGACUCCCCCGUGCUCGGCUUUGACUCGUUUGGAUCCUCGGUCGGCCCCUCGCUCUUUGACAUAUCCAUGGGUCUUCCCACCGUGUCUUUUAGUAGCGAAUUGCCAGCCUCUCCCGUCCAGACCAAUGCACCAGCCUCGCCUGUACUUCCCAUGCUGACUUCCACAGCUGUCCAACAGGCUGCUGCAGCACUCAACAUUCCCUGGUCUGCUGAACUCGAGUCCGCAGUGAUGGCUCAGGCCGUUCUGGGUGCAGCUGCACCUGUGUCCGCCAUGCCCGCUGCUCAGCCCAUUGCUUCGCCCGUUUUGGCUCCCAAGGCCGAGCCCGUGGAGAAGGGAUUUCCCUCGGCAUCAUCGUCGCCUGCAGUCUCGCGCGCUGUCUCUGCUGAACCUGAGGCAGACUCUUUGCCUGCGGUCGAUGCUUCCACUACGCCUGUAUCUCGCAAGAGCAAGAAGCGUCAAUUGACGCCCGAGGAGGAGGCAGAGGAAAUCGUCGCCAAGCGCGCCAAGAACACGGACGCUGCUCGACGCUCCCGUCUCAAGAAGUUAAUUCGACUUGAGGGUCUGGAGGCCAAAGUGUCCGACCUGGAGGCUGCCAACAACGCUCUCAACAUGAAGAUUGCGAUCCUCGAAACCGAGAAGAACGGCUUCCUUACCAAGGACACUGAGCAGACCGCUCGUAUUGCCCAGCUCGAAGCCCAGCUCGCUGAGGCCCAUGCAGCCCUGACCAGCCGUGCUUAGGUUUUUUCUUUUUUUUUCUUAGUAAUUUGCGUUCAUUUUUCGCCCUUGUCUACCCAAUCCUCUGUGCGUGCCAUAAUACCAGAGUAAACAAUGCCAAUAAAAUUAUUCGGCUUCAGAAUGCGU